CGCGCUCUCCGAAACGUGCCGCCGCGCUCCACGGACAGUGAAGACUCCGGAAUUUUAGCGAGGACCCGUUCCUGGCAUCACAAGUCCCGCGGGUCUACACGCCCCCACACUUUGGCAAAGAUGCAACUUUGUCUGCCCGGAGCAACAUGGAUUCUCAUCCUGGCCGUGGCGGCGAUCGCUGCGUCCUCUCCUGCCCGGUCGAGGCCGAAGCGGGACGUCUACUACGACUCCUCCCUUGACGCCGGCGAGGAAUACCUGCUCGGCCUGCUCCGCAACCGCCUCAGCCACCCCGCCAUGCUCGAGCAACAGAAGCGGGCCGGCGGCCUCCUGGACUUCGGCGUGUCGCGAGGCGCGUCCGGAGCCGAAGCGGCCAAAGCCCGCCUGGGACUCAAGCUUGCCCACGACCCAUACGGACCCGGAAGGCGCUGAGGUCGUAACUCGCACCCUGCGUAAGCACACGACGGAUCAACGCGGAUGGGAAAGAAGAACGCGACAAGGACCACCUCCCAGUUUCGUUACGACGUCGCUGCGAGAACUGAUAAUCUGAAAUAGAUGCUUCGCUACACAGGCUGAACCGCGCUUCUGUGAGGCACUUUUCUGCGUGGGCUC